AGCUAUCGCACGUGCAGAUUCCCCCUCCAUCUCACCCACCCACCCACCGACAUAAUCACCACGAACUCCGCCAGCCUCCUGUCGAUCACUCUCCCUACCGGCCUACAACACGCGCAAUGCAAGCACCUAUCCAAUCCACCCGGGCCCAGAGCUUCGACGAGAUCUACGGUCCACCAGAGAACUUUCUAGAGGUCGAGGUCAAGAACCCACAAACCCACGGGUUCGGUCGCAAGAUGUUUACGGAUUACGAAGUGGUCUGUCGGACGAACAUUCCGGCCUUCAAACUCAAGUUCUCCAGUGUCCGCCGACGAUACAGCGACUUUGAGCACUUCCGCGAAGUGCUCGAGCGUGAAUCCUCGCGCGUCACCAUUCCUCCGCUCCCCGGCAAAGUGUUCACCAAUCGUUUCUCCGAUGACGUGAUCGAACACCGACGCGAGGGACUUCAGAGGUUCCUGCAGAUCGUCGUGGGACAUCCGCUGCUGCAGACGGGGAGCAAGGUGCUCGCGAGCUUUGUGCAGGAUCCUAAUUGGGAUCGCUCUUCGUGGUCGAUGUAGUCACGGUAAACUGACUGAUGAUUGCUGUGGUAACUCAGACCUGUAUUUUCUCCCUGGUUUUGGUCUUUACCUUGCGUUUUGCUAUGCUGCUACUCUGAGGAGUUUUGUGAUUCGGCGAUGAUGGACUCCUUUACGAUCCUUCUUUCUUCACUUUUCUUCUAUGCUAUCAAUCGGCGUACUUCUUUUUUGAUGUUUCAUUCCCGUCUUCUUUUCUGCUCUUUGUCGACUCACGAAGCCUCGGAAGGAUGGUUAUCUCAGUCUUAGCUGGUUUUCUGUUGCUUUACCCCGCCGUACUUGUAUGUAUGCAUGGUGGCCCGCGCUGGCGGUUGUCUUUAUGAAGAAUCAGGAGCUACUGUGAUGAGUCCUCGCAAGC